UACCAUUCACAUAGACUUGUUAACAAAUUUUCUAUCUUUUUUUUUUUCUUCUCUCUCGUCCCUUUUCAAGCCACAAAUACAGGCCUCCACAUAUCUCUAUCUUCAUGUGUUAUUCCUACUACAUUUGAAAAAAAAACAAACAAUGAAGCUUCUUCUAGUUCCUGUUUUGCUGUUUCUUCUUUUUCUUAGUAAACCCAUUUGGGUUGGUGCCACCCAACAGCCCCUUGUUCCUGUUUCCUCACCAUUAGUCUCACCCACCUCUCCAAUUUCCACAUCAAUGGCUGCUUUCUCCCCAGGAAUUCAGGUGGGCAUUGAAGAGCAGCAUCGCAUGGAUACACACAAGAAAAUGCUAAUAGCACUUGUUGCUGCUUCUUCUGCUCUUGUUGUAAUUAUUUUGUUUUUCUUAUUUUUGUGGAUUUAUCAUAGGAAGUUCUCACACAAAUCCCACAAAAGAAGUGCUCAGAGCUCAGCUGUUGAGAAGGGACUUGCCUUAGCUCCAUUUUUUAGUAAAUUCAGCUCCAUUAAAAUGGUUGGUAAGAAAGGAUCUGUUCCAUUGAUUGAGUAUAAGCUACUAGAAAAAGCAACGGACAACUUUCGUGACAGUAAUGUAUUGGGUGAGGGUGGAUUUGGAUGUGUUUUUAAGGCUCGAUUGGAUGAUAACUUGUAUGCUGCUGUGAAGAAACUCAAUUGCGAAAAUCAUGAUGCUGAGAGAGAAUUCGAGAAUGAGAUUGAUCUGUUGAGCAAAAUUCAACAUCCAAAUAUAAUUUCCCUACUGGGUUGCAGCAUUCACUGCGAGUCAAGGUUUAUUGUUUAUGAAUUGAUGCAAAUUGGAUCUUUGGAAACUCAAUUGCACGGACCUUCUCAUGGAUCGGCAUUAACUUGGCAUAUGCGGAUGAAGGUUGCUCUUGACACAGCAAGAGGAUUAGAAUAUCUACAUGAGCACUGCAAUCCACAAGUGAUCCAUAGAGAUCUGAAAACAUCUAAUAUACUUUUGGAUUCCGACUUCAAUGCUAAGCUUUCAGAUUUUGGUCUUGCAGUGUCCAAUGGGGCCCAAAACAGGAACAACAUUAAGCUUUCAGGAACUUUGGGUUAUGUAGCCCCAGAGUAUCUUUUAGAUGGUAAAUUGACAGAUAAGAGUGAUGUCUAUGCUUUCGGAGUAGUACUUCUGGAGCUUUUAUUAGGAAGAAGGCCUGUGGAAAAACUGGCCCCAUCUCAGUGCCAAUCUAUUGUCACAUGGGCCAUGCCCCAGCUCACUGACAGAUCUAAACUUCCAAAUAUCGUGGAUCCUGUGAUAAAAAAUACAAUGGAUUUGAAGCACUUAUACCAGGUUGCUGCAGUAGCUGUGCUAUGUGUGCAACCAGAACCAAGCUACCGCCCACUAAUAACAGACGUCUUGCAUUCUCUCAUUCCUCUUGUUCCCAUUGAGCUUGGUGGCACACUAAGAGUUUCACAAGUAACGCGACCUGCACCACCUGCACAACACUAAGAGUGCCUUCUGGACAUUGAUACAGGGCAACCAUAUAUUUGGUGAUGGUGCUUCAUUAUUAUGGGGGUUCUCCAUUGCUUAAAUCACAGAUCCAGGUCAAUUCGGUCGCGCCACUACUUGUAUACUUGAUCGUUUUGUCUUUAAAAGCUCUGGUAAGAUGGCCAAGGGAAGUUGACCUGUUUGGAGUAGAAGAGUAUUGGAUUGUCACAUUUUGUAAAUUAAAGCAAUUCAGUUCUUAAGUUCCUAAAAAUUACUUGUGUAUAUGAGGGCAUCUAGACAACAUUAAUUAAUUAGCUGAUUUGAUUUUGAACCUUUUUUUUUUUAAUAUCCUUUUCCUUUUUUGGGUGUAUGGAUUUGUAAAAUUUGCAAGGGGUAUUAAACUCUAGAGCUCCAUAUAUGACUCUAAAAUCCAUAUUUAUUCGUUCAAGUUAUAUUGCUAAGAAUGUUACUCAUAA